AUGCAGAACACAGAGUACACCAUGAACAAUUUUGGAAGACAUGACAAUGAUGGGCAUGAAAGCUAUCUCAUUGAUCAGCAAAUUGCCCUCCCUCUUCCCUAUAGCCAUUCUGAGAGUCAUCCAUUUGGUCCAGGCGGCUCAUACAAUUUGUCGCAGCCUGCCCUCCAUUCCUACACGGCCCAGUUUGGCCCGGCUUAUGCUCAACAGUCGAUAUCUCCUAGCAUCCAGCACCUAGCUUCACACUAUCCACCCGGACCUUCAUUUCCACCGACUCCGGACCAAGCAGGGCUACAACAUCAAUCCUCGCAGUGCAUCAAUCAGUCCCAUUACCUUCAGUCAGCGGCGUAUCUGCCUCUGCGAGAAGCACAUAACGAGACAGAAAUCGAAAACCAAGAAUCUAAAAAUGAAAGAACGAUGUUGUCAGAAGCGAUCUUUCCCGCACCAGAAGGGUUUCCAAAUGCAGAAGAAUUUGAUCGUUUGAUAAACGGUUACAUCCAUGACCUUUCUGCCAAAAAACGGGACAAGGCCCUUAUACAUGCCCAAAGGGCAGGGCACAUCAAAAUGAUAUUGUCUGAUCCCAAAAAUACUGCAGUAGAAACUGCACAGUUCCGGUUCUGGGCCAAGAAGAUGUUCGAACUUAGAACAACUGGAGUUGGCUCCUCGAAUUGCAUGAAGAUGAUUUGCCAUGAAGGGAGGCCAGUGGCCGUUCGAGAAAAGCUCUACAAGAUACUUACAAAAGCACACCUGCAAUGCAAGCAUGGUGGCAGAGACAAGACAUCAGCAAAGGUUCGAACAAACUAUUCAUGGGUACCGAAAGAGCUCAUUUCACGUUUCGUUAAGAUCUGCCCAACUUGUCAAGUUCGCCGUAGAGGGCUACGUCCUAGGUCCUCAGGCUCUCAAAAACGCUUAGGUCAUCGUUCCUCAAAACAAAAAAAAUCCUCUUCUCCACCAACUUCAAGACGUGGGUCGGCACUCAAUUCCCAAACGCCGUCACAAGCACCACAAGCAGAGUAUUUGGGUCAGUUUGAUGGCCAUGAUGAUUGGAUGGACGGUCAACAGAAUGAUGGACGGCAAGGCAUAAAUUCGGGUCCAGUGGAGACGUUAAGCCACUUCCCAAAUUCGAUUUCUGCGGCAUUAGACCCAUUUGGAGGUGAAAUGGCGAUAUCAGCAUCCCAGUUGAAUUACAGUGUUGGAUAUGCAUCCGGGAUUUUAAAAUCUUGA